AUGAUCUAUCAUCAGAACGAUGAUAGCAAUUCCAGUUUGACUGAGCUCAGCAGUGAUUCCAGUUUAACCGAUCUCAGUAGUUCUUCCAGCGAAAGUGAAGCUGAGGACCAAGCAGGCCCUCCUCUAACCCGGCAGGAAAAAAUCAAUGCUCGCAAGGCAAACAAGAAACGUAAACGUAACCGUAACUGGGCUCGGAAGCAAAGUGAAAAAAAGCGACAGGCGACAUUCACCUUUGUGACGGACUUGCCACCCAACUCGGGUACUGUCGUUUCUGAUGUGAAGGUUGAUAAGAAACGUGAUCUGUUUCCGGACAUCACUGCCAAACACAAAGAAAAAAAGCAAGAGCGGAAGUUAGCAAAGAAACUCUUUGAGAAGAAGCUUGGCCCACCCCCCUCGAAAGAAAAAAUCCGCGCCCGAUUACCCACUGAUGAAGAAAUUGCGAAUGCCACCUCAAUUGUUACGGACCCAACAAAAUUUAGGCUCUAUGAUCACGGUCAUGUCUGCAUCUACGAUAAACAACCAACCAGCGAUAAGAAGAAACAAGUUGUUGCCGAUAUCACUUUCACCGAUCUCAAAACUAUCUCCUCACAAAUGAGGGAGGAUAUCGAUUUCUUUGUUGCUUUCUUGGAAACUUCAAAAAAAUUUGUGAAUGCAGUUGGAUCACGCUCUCGCUCAUGCGGUGGGUACAUGUGGGCCAUUGGAUGGCGAAAAUCCAUGACAAAACUCGAGAUCAUCGGUCGCUACGUCAAUACGGCCGCUAUCAAGGCAAAUCAAGAAGAAUACGAUCAACACGUUAAGGAUUCGGAUCGAGCUUCUUUAAUCUUAUGGAAUCUUUUUUGGCCAGUAGGGAACCGAGCCCUCGAGACUAAUCAAGAUUUUAUGGCCGAACAUAAUAUUCCUGGCCUCUCCGAUGCAGAACUUCCAAGCGAGACCUCAGAAGGUCAAAAGAAGUUCUUCUCAAGCAACCUAACAUUUACUUCUGACGGCUUCUUUAAUCACCCCCACAAGGAUAAAGCAGAUGAUACUCGCCUUCCCUUUGCUUUCCUCUUGUGCCUUCCAACUUUCAAGUCUAAGGGCCAGCUGGCGUUCAAAUCUGACGGAUACGAUGUGACUGGCGCCGACUGA